AUGUAUCUUCAUCUUCCACCACCAUUCACUAUCAUCAAACUUGUUCUACUAACACUCCAACUCCAACUUCAAACCAUUCCCAUUCUCACUCUCUCUCCCUGCAAAACCUCAUGUGGCACCAUUCCCAUAAACUACCCAUUCGCCUUAGAAGACGGUUGCGGAUCACCCCAAUUCCGCCACAUGUUCAACUGCACAACCACUGACUUAUUCUUCCAAACCCCUUCCGGCUCAUACAAAGUCCAAUCCAUCGACUACACCAAACAAACAAUGACUCUCUACGACCCAUCAAUGUCAACCUGCUCCAUUCUUCAACCACACCACGACUUCAUCAUGACAGAUAUUCAGUCUGCUAUAAUCCCUCCAUCCCAAGACACAGUUUUCGUUCUGCUAAACUGCUCUAUAGACUCACCUAUCCUCAACCAUUACAAGUAUCUUUGCUUCAACUUUGAAGGACACACUUGUGACGAGCUUUAUGGGGGUUGUAAUGCUUUUAGGGUGUUUCAUUUGUUGACCAAUAGUUCCCCACCUUGCUGUUUUACCAGCUAUAAUACUGUGAAGUUUAUGAGUAUGAAUAUUUUGGAUUGUACGCAUUAUACUAGUGUGUUUAAUAGUGAUAAAUUGAGAGGUGUUGGUCCUUUGGAUUGGGUUUAUGGGAUUAAACUUUCUUUUAGUUUGCCCCAUGUUGGAUGUGAAAGUUGUAAACAAUCUGGUGGGACUUGCGGGUUUGAUACUGAUACGGAAGGUCUUCUUUGUCUCUGCUCAAGUUUCACUAACUCAACAAGGGAAUGUGCUGCUGGAAGUAUGAUAUCAGAAGGAUUGAACAAUGCUCCUUGGACAAAGCACUUAAUGGUUUUGCUUCUUGUAGUUUUACUUCACACAGUGAUGGAGCUGCUUUGA